UUCUGAAUAACUGAACGCGUCCAUUUUCACGCCUUGUAUUUUUGUGUUGUUUUUGUGAAGUGCAUCAUGGAUCUUAGUUGCUGAGACGUCCGCAAAUGGCGCAAAGGACUCUGGGAUUGAGGAACCAUAUUUUUCCAUCAUAAGUAAUGUGGAAAAUAUUGUUUUCGGAAUCGAGAAGUUUUCGCGUCUUUCAUGUAAAUAUUCAUGAACAAUCGAGUUUUUCAUUGAGUGUUAACAACAUAAUUCAAUAAUAUGUAUAGAUGUAGUGUGUUUGCUUUUCGUGUAAGCUGGGUUUAGUGAAAACAUUGAUGUCAUUUUCGCCAGGUGUUACGACGGCUGCUCUGUUGACAUACAGGAGGCCUAUAAAUAUUUUUAUGAUCUAAUGUGGCGGUAAUAUUUGUAACUUUUCAAUUGUAUUUAUUUGUUGUUUUAAACUUUUUACUUUAAAGUUGAUUAUUUGUUUAUGUGAUGUUAAAAAAGAACAUAGGAGAAUAUUUAACGACAUGCAGGUGGUCGGCGCAGUGACGGACACGACUAGUGAUGUUGUUGCUAGUGUCGGAGGAGAAUGUCCGGUAAGCCCGAGGGUCGCGGACCGCCUGGCCUGCAGAAUGUGCUAGUGUACGUGUCUGGAGAGAGCUUUUACCAAGGCAAUGGCAACCCGAAUCCCGACCCCGGACCCAGUGGCUACCAGGCUCCGUCCGCCGUGAAACAGCAACAACAACAACAACAUCACCAACAAACACAACAACAACUGAAGCCACAACAACACCAACACCAAACUCCCCAAGAGUUCUAUAACGUACAGCAAACACAGAACGGAUAUCAGUACGGUGUGGGAGUGCGGACGGUUCAACGCAGGGAGGAUUUUACAGUGAUGGGUGGGGAUGGUAUCGGAGGAAAUGUGGUGUUUCCGAGAUGCUCUGACGCGGAAUCUUCUUGUGGUUCUGUGGGUGCUAGUGACCGAUCGGAUACUAGUAGCGUGAGUGUAAGUGCGUAUAAACCUCCUGUUUUGGAUAAUCCAGCAUCUGUUGCUGUGCCCUCUGGCUGGAAGCGGCUUCAUACUAAUGGAAUGGUCAUUUAUGUCAGCCCUAGCCACACGGCCCUCAGCUCCCUGGAUCAAGUGAAGGCCUACCUCCAGACUCAAGGCACCUGCAAGUGUGGCCUUGAGUGUCCUCUAAACUGUGAUAUCGUCUUCAACUUUGACCCUAAGGUGUCGACGCGACCGUGGGGUGGGCCAACUGGGGUUGGAGAUCUCACCAAACUCUGCAAUCACAAAAGGAAACAACUGGCGAUGUCUUCCAACCUGGAUAACAAUCAUCUGGACCUGAGGAACAAUGAUGGAGUCAAGAAAAAGAAGCGCAAAGUGACUAACUAUACAGCUUCUGUAUCCCAAUUACUGGCACAGCGAGAGAGGGAUCGCAAUAAGGAUCUGCAGGGCUGGACAGAUGGGACUUGUCAAGGUGGUCGGGACAGUUCUCCUAUAGCGUUGCACAUGCAACAGCAGACUUCUACACGGGUAUAUCCACCCAGUUACACCCCAGAGAACCACAGCCAGCAACAGUUUUACAGGUACAAUCCUCAUAGUGGGGGUUGUCCCAUGCCCUCUCAACAAGCUGAGAUGAUGGGAGGUGGUGGAGAGAACAACUAUCCUACCCAGAGUAGUGCAUACCCUCACCAAGGUAUCGGUGCCCCACCAUACCAUCAGUACCAGUUCCAACAGAGGGAAGAUCACCACUGUCAACAGAAACCUCACAACCAUCAACAACACCAACAGCAGAUGAUGCACCAGCAGCAACAACAACAGCACUUCCAACAACAACAACAGCAGCAGCAUCAGCAUUUCCAACAGGCACAGCCUUCACAUAUGAUGCAGUCAAACUCUCCGAGGCCACAAAUUCAGCAGAAUAUGCAGCAUCAGCAAGUGAUGGGUCAGCAGGUACAAGGACCUCACCAGAAUUAUGAGAGGGUGAUGGGACCAUCCCCGCAGUUUCAACAGUAUCAUCAACAGGAUCAUAAAAUGCACAUGCUGCCACAACAUCAACAUUGUGCCGGCAAACAAAUGCCCAGAGAAAGUUACCAAAGAACUGAUAUACCACCACAGGUUCAGCAGGGUGUUGUGUUGCAAACCUCUCAAGGUCAGAUGAUGCUUCCGCAGCAGGCUAUGGUGUUACAACAACAGCAAAAUGCAGGAAUGCAGCCUUCUCAAAACCAGCCGAUGAUGCAAGUUUCUCAUAGUCCUAAUCUAUCGAUGGUUCAAAGUCCUAACCCAUCGAUGGUGCAGAGUCCUAAUCCGGGUAUGGUUCAGAGCCCUAAUCCAUCGAUGGUUCAGAACCCCAAUCCUUCUUUGGUGCAAAGUCCGAAUCCCACAUUGCAGCAGACUCAUCAACAGAAUCAAGUUAUGAUGCAGAAGCCUCUACAUCCUAAUCAAAGCCAACAGGGAGUGCAGGUACAGUUGUUGAAUCAGCAAAUGGCAUUGCAGAACAAUCAACAGCAAAAUUUGAAUCAAGUCCAAAGUAAUUCAAACUCGAGCAUGUGCGCAUCACCUGCAAUGCUUAUGCACCAUCAGAGACCUGCACCUCCAUGGCAAACCAAUCGUAAUAACCAGAUUGCAAAUCAAAAUGCUGUGAUAAAUCAACAACCCCACAAUCAACAACAAUCCCAUAAUCAACAACAAUCCCAUAGUCAGGCUCAUAACCAACAACAACCACAAUCACAGUCUCAACAACAGCAGAUAAUGCAACACAAUAUGUAUGAAAGAGUUCCUCCUCUGCAUCAUCAUUUGCCUAAUGCUCCUGUUUGGAAUGAUGAGAGGAAAAAGGCUGUUUCCAAACUGCAAGGUAAACCAGUAGCACAUAUAAAGAAUAAAAGAUCCUAUUUGAGUGAUCAUCACCAUACUGUGGGUACAAACAAUGAACAGCCUUGCCCAAAUGUUGAUGUCAGACGCAUUCCUCAAGAGCAGAACAAACUACCAAAUAAUCAGUCCCAGACCUUCACCAAUACCAACAUUCCAUCAUUUAUGGAAGACCCAAGUGGUUAUCUGGCUCAACAAACAGCUCUGUUAAACAGUACGAUAUCACGGCAAACCGGUAUGAACAGUAAUGGUAUUAAUCUAAUUUGUCAAAAUAAUUGUAGUUCACAAAUGAAUGAUCAACAUUUUGGACAAGGGCAAGUUGUUAUCAACCUUCCGACUAGUUCUGGAUCCACAGCUAACAAUCAUGGUGUGCCAUUACCGAGCACUGUCAUGGUUCCUAACCAACAAAAACAGAAUGUUAUUUCUAGAAUGAAUCAGGCAACAUCCACUGGAGUUAACCCCAGUAAUAGCAGUAUCAAAGUGUACAGGAGUAACGCAGUAUCAUCUACAGGAACCUCUGGGUAUCAAAACCAAGCCCAGACAAAUCAAACUGGGCUGCCGGAUAGUAGCGGGGUUUCUCCUGAUCGUGGUAGAUGCUCUCAAGGCUGUGGCUCAAAUAUGAUUGAUAAUUUCCAUUCUCAAAAUCAAAACCAACAACUUUCAAAUACCGUUACAGUCAAGUUCCAUCCUGAAGAAAGUCCUGUUACUUCUUCAACGUUCAUGGAAAAUCGACAUCAGGGACAAUCUACACCAGACAAUAGAGGACCCAUUCAAGGAGGCACAGUUAGUACAAGUAAUAGAUCUCCUCCUGAUAAUGUGUCUAGGAUCCCACCUGAUGAUCCCUCUCCUGGAAGAACAUCUACCCCUUCAUCUACUCAAAGUCGGAGGUUGGAUGCAUCUCCAGAACCAUCCUUAUUUAUUUCCACAUCAUCACCUUUCACGUUAGCUAGUGGCAACACAAUUAUUUAUCAACAACAAGCACCUUCCAAUUCACAAAACUCAAGAAGUGAAGUAUCAACCCCUGCAGCUCAGUCUCCAAAGCCCCAACAGCAACUACAACAGCAGCAGCAGCAACAACAACAAAAACAACAGAAUCAUCAACAGCAUCAACAGCAACUGCCACAACAGCAGCAGCAGCAACAACAACAACAACAACAACACAUUAAUGUGAUGCUUCAAGAUGUGCAAAUGGCAAGGUUACCUACAAUUGUAACAACAAUGGCUAGUGGACACACUGUCAGUAGUAACACCAUAACUUCAGUUUUGGCUGGAAGAGCAAACACAGCAACUGUAACAGUGAAUAACCAAACCACUGUAAUUCCACCUUCAACAGUUGUUACAAACCAGCAGGCGCCUCAAGUAUCUGUUUCCAAAACUCCAUUAGAAAUGGUUCAGAGUGUUGUUAGCAGCAUUCAGGUGCCUGCUAGUUCAGCAGAAUCAGUUCUGAAACCUGCCACAGCCCCUAGCCUUCCAACAGGACAUAUUUUAAUGUCAAGUAACGGUCAACUUAUAGUUACAAAUUCUCAAGGGCAACCUGCCAUCCUCUCACCCCAACAAAACAUUGGUAAGAUCAGCACAUCGAUGCCACCUAUGACAGGAGUUUCAUCAAUAGUUACAAGUGUGACUGGUGCUGUUACCCAAGUCAUUCCUGCCGUCGGUGUUACUCAGCAAGUUCUGGGUCAACCUACUGUCCUGGUAAAUACACUUCCUACACCUUUACUAUUCCAACCCGGUGUCAUCAAUGUUGAUGGGACUAUGAACACAGUUCAGAUUCCUCACCUCGCAGUCGCCACAGGAAAUGUUAUACCGGGACAGAUGGUUGAUGAAUCUAGAGUAAACAACAGCAAUGGCGCUUUCUCUCCUCGAAAUCAACCACCGUUGCUAUCCCCGGAGGGUUCAAAUGGUAAAAGAAAAGCAAACCCUAAGAAAAGAAAAGUUUCACCCCAGACGGUUGCAUCCAUGCUUCACAUUGCUGCUGCCCAACAAAACUCUCCAACUACUGGUGCGACUGGAAUGGUUGUUCAACAACAACAGCCGCAGCAGAACUUUAGUCCCCCGAUGCUUCAAGCUUUAACGAUUUUGCCUAGCAAAACCAAUCAUUUUGGUGGAACACAGCAGUUGAUUGCAACAGGAAAUAUUCUGCAACCGUUAAAUUUGGUUCAAAAUUUCCCAACCAUACAGCAGUUUAUCGUCCCAGCCGCAGGGCUCGGAGGAAUGGUAAUGGCCACCGGGGAUGGAACAGCGACUUUGCUGCAAGAUACAGUCCAGCUCAAUGUCCUAACUCCGAUGCAAGGACCUGGAGGAACAGUAUUUGGUCACACAAGCGGUCAGAGUAUUCUGGCUGCUGGACCGGCAGGGAUGGUAAUACGAGCACCCGCUAACUCUAACCAACAAACAAACAAAGUUCAACUCCAUACCCAGAAUACUGGUGGUAACCAAUUCAUCGCUAAUUCGCCGAAUCAAUUUUUAAUCAACAGCCCUGCUUUCAAUGGACAAUUAAGUCCUAUGUUGGCCAAUGUGAGUCCGGCUAACCAACAGAUACACUCUUUCAACAGCAGUGGAGGGAAUUCACAAGCCAGGUCGAAUCAAACUCAGGAGUUUAUUCAAUGUGGCCAAACCCUCAUGGUUCCUUGUACGAUAGCUCAGAAUCCAACCUCUCAAAAUACCACCGUUGUUCAACAAAAUACAACCAUCGUCCAACAGCAAACCACUAUGGUCUCAAACAAUCAACAAAAUAUAGAUCAAAAUCCGGGUCCCUCUACGUCUUCGUCGUCUAGUUUAAGCUUAAACCAACACAAUUUCAUUCUGAACAACGCUGAUGGAAAGCAGCAAAACUUUAUCCUCACUACAGACCAAAAAGGACAGGGAGGGUUCAUCCUAAGUCCCAACCCUGACAAGCCGGGAACUCACAUUAUUUUAAACGCCGAUAAAACCCAGUACGGUGGACUCAUUAUCAGUCAAGAAAAGCCUAACCAAAUGUGUGGUAACUUUAUAUUUAGCAAUUCCAACGUGCAACAAACAGAUAAAACAUCUAACAACUUUAUAUUAUCUAGUGGAAAUCUCUCGGAAAAACAAAAUACUAAUAGGUUCGCUAAACACUCUGUGUCAACUCAAACAGCAGCAAACCAACAAGUAUUGCAAGUUUCGUCCACACCUGUCCCGACAGCUCUAGUGGUCGCCACAAGUAACACCUUCUGUCAGACGUCCACAGGCAGUCCUCCAGACACGACUACUCACAGUCCCGUUGACGGAGGAACUUCCUCACAGAGCCCAGGACUGACUGCUGAAGUUCCGUCGAGCUCUGUCGCUGAUGAUCUCUCCAGUCCUACCAGCUCUAGUGAUCCUGGCAGAGCUCAACCCAUGGUUCAUUGUGUCUCCAGUAGCAAUGAACAAGACACUCCAGAAAACUCGUCCACUAGUCCUGCACUUUUCUCUCCUCCCCACAACAUCGAGAUCACCUAUAACAGAGGUAUUGGAAACAUGAAAAACAUUACUAUGACAUCAUUUGUCGAGUCAUCCAGCUCGUCUAUGCAGACAUAUGAAAGUGAAAGACUUGUCAAACGGAGUAAUGAUGGAGAGAUGGUCAGAUAUGACUACAGUUCCCUAGCCAGAAGUCGCAAAGCUGCCAAGCAAGUAUGUGACAGCAAAGUCCGCAUCCAUACAUCCACACUGUCCUCCUCACAUGAAGAAGACGAUGAGGAGGAGUCGGAGGGCGCCGGGGGGUGUCCAGGCGCCGGGGACCUGGUGUGGGGUGCGGCACGGGGCUUCCCCUCGUGGCCCGGCAAGCUGGUUGGACCCGCCCCUACACCGGGUCGUGUCUGGGUCCGAUGGUUCGGCGGACCCGGAACACUCAGCGAGGUCCAUCCCACCUCUCUGAAAACUCUCACCGAGGGACUCGAGGCCCACCACAGGGAGAGAAAAAAGUAUCGCAAAAGUCGUAAACUGAACAGUCAGUUGGAGAACGCAAUACAGGAAGCAAUGGCUGAGCUCGACAGAAUGAGCGAGACUCCUCAGCAAGGGGCUCCCCAGCCUCCCUCCCCCCUCCAGGUGUCUGCUAGGAAACGCUAAAAAUCACCAAAGUACCAUAUAGCACUAUAUGUAAGGAAACAGCUUAGCUAACUUCAAAAAAUAUAAUCCAUCAUAUCACAAACUGUCUCAAGCCUUAACUAAAAGUUCAGUGUACAAUUCCAACACAAUCCGCCAAACUACCGACUUAUCAGCCUCACCUCACUUUACAAACUCCAACCCCGGAUCCAUAUCCAUUUGAACUCCUUUUGUCUCCUCCCAAACACCCAAGCCGGCUUCUGCCCCGGGAAUAACCUGUAAAAUCAGCUUCUGAGUGUCGUUACAUUCCUCCAAACCAACGAAUCACUUCACUGCCCAACCAUCCUUGCCCUCAUGGAUGUCCAGAUGGCCUUUGACAUUGUCUGGCACGAUGGACUCUGGAAUGGAAAGCUCCUAGACCUCCAGUUCCCUUUAUCAGUCAUCAGAUUUAUCUCCCGCUUCCAUAACGUCCGCUCUGCCCAAGUCCGCCUUUGUGGCUGGCACUCUUUCCAUCCCAUUCACCCUCCAUAGGAUCCUCAAUGAGCCUUCAUCCUGUACCUCCAGGACCUUCUGUCCCAAGUCCCAAACGCCCCACUGACACAUCCUGUAGUUUUGUUCAGUUCGAUGACGACACUGCCUUUUGGACCUCUCACUGACACCAUGACACCCUCAUCCGACUUACCACAACCACCCUCCAAAACUACCUCUCCUGUUUAUUGAAAUUUAUAAGAGUGUAUGUACGAUUAUAUUAAAAUACAACGGUUAUACCUAACAAUACAGACUAUUUUUAAUUUAUCACUGUCACCGUUUGGUAGGCCCCAGGCAUUUUUUCAUAAUUUUUUUUCAAAUGCAUACAUCGUUAUCGUCCAUGGAUUCUAAUUAAAGUUCAAUUUAAUAUUUGUUUUGAUGUUAUGGUGGAUUAUAUUUUUGAUGAAGUCAAAACUUUGUACGGUAAUAUGAUGGAAUUUUUUUUUUUUUUAUUGGAUAGAGAUAAGAACUUACUUAAAAUAUCAUAAUGAUAAACAUAUUGCAAUAGAAAAUUUGAUCAUCCUUUUUCAUAAAAAGAUUUAAAUAGAGGGAUUCUGUUUCAUAAUAUUUCAUGGCAUUCUGUACUUUUACAAAACAAUUAAAUAAUAUUCUAACAUAUCAAUGUUUUUCUAUUGUUAUAGGAAGACAAAUAGUUGUAUUGUGAUUUGAAUUUGGUUGUUUUGUUGUUUUUGUAAUUUGUCUGUUUCCUUAAAUCUCAAGUACCAACGUGCUUUUGAUAAAGAACUAUCCAAUUCUGUACAAUAAGUUACUUAAGGUUUAUACAUACAGAAUGGAAAAAAAGUCCCGGGACAGUGAAUUAUUUCAAAAAGUGAUAAAGAUAUAGCUUCAAAACUUGGUACACAGAUCCUGAUUAUUAAAAUCAUUUUAAUAUGUUAUUCAGUGAUGCGCUACCUCCUCAGGGGGACGGCCCACAAGGAGUCAUAAGAAAAUCUUAUAUUUAAGCAUAGGUUAAUAUGCACAUCAAUUUAAAUGCCUUCACUAGUACAAUACAAUGCCACAAAGUUUACACUCAAACAGUCAACCGAGUCAAAAAAUGGCAGCCGUUAAAAGAUUUCUUAAAUCUGGCAAUUUGAAUCUUUGGGCGGCUGCCAUUUUUUACUCAGUAGUUCUUUUGGGCUCAAAUUUGUGACAUUGUAUUCUACUAAUAAAGACCUUUAAUUUGAUGUGCAUAUCGACCUAUGCCUACAUUUAUGAUUUUCUUCCAACUUCUAGCAAGGCCCCCCUGAGAACAUCUUUGAAUAGCUGUCAUUUUUUAUUUGGUUGUCUGAUUGAGUUCGGGUUUGCGGCAUUGUAAUUUACUAUCAAAGACCUUUAAUUUUAUGUGCAUAUCAACCUAUGCUUUUAUUUAAGAUUUUCUUCUGACUCCUAGCUCAACAACCUAGCUCAGUUAUUGCUGAAGAGGUAGUGCAUCACCAAAUAAUGUGUUAAAAUUGUUUUAAUGCCCAGGAACUGUACCAAGUUUUGAAGUUCUAUCUUUAUUGCUUUUUGAAAUAUUUAACCAUCCCAGGCCUUUUUUCCACCGUGUAUACUAUACUAAAGAGAUUAAUCAAAUUAUAUACGUAUUAUUUAUAAGGAUAUUUAAUUUGAGUCUUGUCUCUAUCUAACUGGAAUUAAUUGCAUUUAUCAUAGUUGGUCACCAUUUAAUUUCUUAUCUGAUAACAAUCUUUUUCUUGCGAUAUUGUAAAUCUUAAUUAAUAUGUAUUGUUAUCAAUGUCAUCACUGCUUAGAUUUUUUUUAUACUGAUUAUUUUUUUGUUGGAAUUAUUUUAAGUCUUCCCGCAGUCUUCUUCGGAUGUCUUCCACAGUAAGAUUACUAGUGGUUGUCAUACGUGUUUGUAUAAGUUUGAAAUAUGUGUCCAUCCCUUUCCUGGGUAGGCAGUUAUAUUGUAAAACAAACUUCUACUCCCAAGGAAAACAUUCUGUAUGUUGUAUUUAAAAUACCAUACCGUGCACAGGUACACUACGUACACAGUUUGUCCUGUACUGAUCCAUAGCCGCCAAUGAAAAGGACUAAAGCAUGUGAUUAGAGUACACAAGAAGAGUACUUUAAAUCAUUGUUUUAUUUGAAUUUAAAUGUAAUUAUAUGUCUCAAUUUUGUUUGUGUUCUUAGUAAGAUAAUAAUGUCCUACUCAGGAAGGGUUAGGAUGUGUACAUUCAACCCCCCCCCCCUGUCCCAUGUUUUAAUAGUUUUAAACUAAUAUAUAUUUUUUAAUGUCUUGCAUGUUCGUUUACAGAGAGAAUUUAUUAUUUACAUUAUGUGUUUUGUCUGAUUUUUAAAGCAAAGAUUUUAUUUUUAUUUGUAUUUGUGUUAUGGCAUCACAGAUUUUAACAUCACUUUGUUCUAUCGCUUUAAGCCGUUUUCACAAUUUUCAUUACAUAAGUCAUAUCUUAGUAUAGAGCAUAGUAAGUGCUUUGGGCCUAUCGUGUCAAUAUAGCUUACUAAGAGUAUUGUUUAUAAAACUUUGGCAGAGUACAUCGAUAUCCAAAUAAACAACGAUAUGUAAAUUGUGUCAGCCAAACUAAGUAGUCAGAUGGCAAAAUCAAAAUAAGCUCAAAAUAACUUUAAGUUUUUGUAAAAUAUUUUUUUUAAUCUUUUAAACAGCAAUAGAGUUGGAAUAUUUCUCUAUAAUUUUUUUAAAAACUCAGUUUAACUUGUGACAAUAUUCCCUUUAAUUUUAAUCAGAUGGAAAUCUGUUGAUAUUUGUAUUCAAUCUCAACUUGAUUUUUUCUGGACCAUAACUUAAUGUUUAUUUAUUAUCAGAUGAGCUAAUAUACUUUUUGUUAAGAUUUGAACAAAAACUGUUGAUCAAUGAUUUUUUGCAUGUAGAGGACCUUUUAACCAUGUUUCAAUUGUAAGAUUAGUGGCUACAGCCAGUUACCUAGAAUCACAUAUAACUUUUGUAUAUUAUUAGGACAACUAGUUUUAAAUAAAUAUUCCAGUAUUAUUUAGUAAAAAAAUUUAAUUUAAAAUUGCGAUUUAAAUAAUAUUGUUAUUAUUUUGAGAAAUAAAUAGGGAGCUUGGAAUGUCCGCCAGCAGUCUGUACUAAAGUCCUCGCUACCUAAGAUGGCCUUACGAUGACUGUUCUGUUAUACCUGUGAUCACAGUAAGAUGUUAGCAUCCCACUACUGUAAUGUAUUGUAAAUACUGCGUUGUAUGUUUAUAGUAUUAUAAUUUUAUAGUGUAUAAUUGAUUGUAAAUAUAUAUAAAUAAUAUAUACAUAUAUAAAUAUAUACUAAUUAGAAUAUUUUAUUAUCACAGAUAUGUAACAAGACUUAAUAGUCGAUUAUUUAUUUAUAUACUUAGUACGCUUUAAUUAAUUGUCGAGGGAUGAUUUAUAUACAGUCAGUAUUUAAGUGUCAGUUCUGUAGGGAGAGAGGAAUUUAAUAAAUAUUUUGCCCUUUCCUAUAAAUUUGCAUGUCAUAUUUGGUAAUUAAAAUGAUAAAAUAUACUAGCUUUAAUAAGGAUAAUUAUACAUUUUUAUAGAAGUAGUAUUUGGAGACUGAUGAUGACUGGUUUCUCUCCCUAUCUGGCUAACGUUUGGAUUCUGACAUUCAGUAGGUUCAUAUAUAUUUAUUUUUAUGAUCACUUCAGCUGGUUAGUUUUCAGAUUAAGCUUUAUUUCACUGGAACCCAUAGUUUUAAAUCAGUUUUAGUUACAUUCUUGUCGAUGUUCACAUAAUAUUUGAGUUGUCGCUCAGAUGAUAUAUUUUUAUAGGUAUUUGUGCGCGCUAGUGUUGGUUUCGUUGUGAGGACUGACGCAACGCAACGCAACCACUGUUGAUUGUUGUUGCUAAUUGUAUUUAUUUAUUAUUAGGAUGUUGAGUUUUGUUAUAUCUCACAUAGAUACUGAUAUGAUUGCUGAAAAUACAAAUAAUUUGUGUACGUGUUUUGUUUAUUCUGUCAAUGAAUAUUGUUAAAAUAUUUUA